AUGAAUCCCAAAGCGGUUGCGCUUCGAGAGGCUGCUAUAACAAAGCCCACUGGCACUCAGCAGAGCAUCCCCGAAAGAUCGAACAGUACGCGGCCGCGGUCGCAUGCAGCUAAUGCGGGAGGAAGUGCUACAUCAAAUGUCGCCGGGGCCGCAGCAGAUACAGCUCUGGCUGCUGCAUGGCAGGCAACCAGCCCGCAGAAGAGCAGUCCUCGCCCAGGCCCCUCUGCUGCAAGGGCUGAGCGGGUGGUCUCCGAGUCACCUUCCACAACUCCACGAAAGGAACCUUCUUCUAGUCGUCCGCCGCCCGCGCCUUCAGCGCAUGCCAAUGCCCGGGAAACCGCCGAUCUCGAGCAACGGUCUCAAGCCGAGCCAUUGCCCCGGUCUGAAAGCAUCUCCCCCGCUCAAGCUGCUACCGCUAGACUCUCCAACGUAUCCCCAACCAUUGAUCAUGUGGAAUCAUUGCCGACCCCUCAGCCGUCGCCUUUGGCAGGCAAAGAACAAAGGCAAACAGAUGUGCCCGAACGUGACUCGAGCAGUCCCGUCCGAUCUGCUCGAUUUUCCAAAUGGCUUUCCGUUGCGGGAUCUGAUGACCAGAUCCAUGAACCCCCGGGCAGAUCAGUUUCUCCAGCGAAGUCAGCAUUGAAAACCGCUCGUGGCAGCUCUCUCUCGCCGGAACGGAAGUCUGCAAUCAUCACCUCCCAUGUACAAGCGCCAAGUGAAAUUUCUGAUGGCACAUCCGUGGCUUCGGAUGAAGGCUCCCGCCUUGGCACCAAGAAGAAGCAAGUCCGAGUGAGCUUUGACGAGGAGGCUGAAGUCGUUGGUGUGGCUGCCAGCCCUCCCACAUCUCCCGAGGACUACGUUCCUGGCUCUCCGCCUUCAGGAAAGGCCAAGUCUCGUAUGAGCUGGCUUGGGGUCGGUAAGAAGAACAAGGCUUCCGAGCUUGUCACUGGAGACGACGAUUUCGAUGAAGUCCUAAAGCCGCGUGCAGUGCUUCCCUCUUUUGGCAGCGUCCGAGGAAAUAGGGACAGUGGGCCACCACGCAUGUCUGAUUUCAGUGACAACGAGUCAAGCAGCUCAUCGGACGAGGAGGUCAGCGCACGGGUUCUUUCUUUCUCCGGUGAUCACGCCCUUGGCAACAUUCUUCCCAAGGUUGCAGAAAGCUCGCAAGAAGCUUUGGUAGCCGAUGAUGUCAAGCCUGUAGAACAGCUACCCGCCGAAGAGACGCCGGUCCCUGCUCCAGAACCAUCCACUGGUACUCACGCAGAAGCCCCAGCUGCUGCUCAAGCCAACAAUCUAGCUGCGCCUUCCAUCGCUGUUGAGCCUGCGACGCCACCCCUCGAAACUGGCAAGACUUUCGACAGCGGAAAGAAGUCUCCUGAUCUCCAGCCUCCGAACCGCUCGAGUAUGGAUCAGUACCAGGUUCCGGGUGGCUUCCCACCUUCCAACUCGGACCGCAGUCUCAAGUCAACGGCCAAGCCUGCAACACCACCACCUGCCGGCCGUGUGAGCUUUGAAGAUAUGGAUACGGAAGCAGAAUCCGAGAGCAUUUACACCGAUGCACCAGAGGAUGUCGAUGGUGACGGAUUUGGAUCCAUCAACGCAAUUGUUGAUGCCAGAUCAACACCGAGAUCAGCAACCCCAUUGGGAAAUGAGCAUAAGCCCCGUGACCGCGAUGUUACUCCCAGGCCAGCUGAGAAAGCUGCACCUGAUCAGCCACGAGACGCUUCUGCUGGGGACUUUGUCGAGCAAUCCGGAGACGAAGGCCGCGCAGCUACCCCUACUCAGGAGUCUGUUCGUCGCCAAUUAGAUGCGCCAUUUGAUUUCACUCCUGAACCUGCUGAACCUUCACAACAACCUUCUCAACCUGCAUUCCCAGCCCAACCAAAGGCUCGGGUGCAAAAUGGCAGCGUUCAGCCUAAGCAGCGAAUGUCUGUCGCCGCGGACUCUUAUACAAACGCCAGCCAGCAAGAUGAUCCUCGACCCAGAGACCCAUCCUCGCUGGUUGCUGGUCAAGGCAAAGCCCGACCUGUAUCUCUUGGCCCCGCUGCCCUUGCUGCUGCUGCACAGAGGUCCGCAGUCGAGCCUUUCCCCAGUUCGCUCCGCCGAAAGACGUCCAAUGGCAGUGACUCGUCCAGUAGUUUCCAACGUGCGGGGCGCUCUUCACGGAAUGGGGGAGCCCAUAGCAUGCGCCGCACCAUGCGUUCGUCUGCUUCCCAGGGUCCUGUACAGUCAUUCCCGGAUAGAACGGAGUCACCAGCCGAUUAUCGUCCGAUGUCUGCUGGGUCCACAACAGGUAGCACACUGCGCAAGACCCUCCGAGGGCCAGGUGCUCCAGGUGCUUCAGGCGCCCAACCUGACCGAUAUUCUUUCUUCUCCACAAACAAGAAAGCCGCGCGCACCCGAUCCGGAAAGUUUCCGGGCAAGGCAGCUUCCAAGUCAGCCGGCGAUUUGAGAUUUAUCGAUUCGGACGGAGAAGAGGAUGUGGCUCAUCCCUUCAGCAGCCGCUUUGCCGAUUCUAGCGAUGAAGACGUUGCGGGUGGUAAUGAGAAGCUGCGGCCUGUUCGCGGUAUCCCACGCCGCCGUGGUGCUUACGAUGGAGACUCGACCGAUCUAGAGGACAGCUCUGAGGAAGAACGUCGUCAGCAGACAACGAAACGAGCUUCAGUCGCCGCUGCAGCUACGCUCCGAGCACAGCCCGCCCAGGCUCCUCCUGUUCAAGCUAAGUCUACUCCCAACAUGUCUGGUAUGGCAGCCGUGGCUCGGCAACGCGGCAUGACGCAAAGGGAACUCGAGGAGUUUGUCAUGCAGCCUCCCGGGGGUCGUAAGCAAGGCUUUCUCAGCCGCAUUGGCCUUAAGAAGGCUAAGACCCCCGGCAACCCAAUCCGAAAAGCAGAGCGCGAGAGUACGCCUUACGAACGGGAGCCACCGCGCGAUGAGGCCAACCCUUACUCUAGUGUUGUAACCUCGGUCAGUGCGGGAGGCUCUGAGCCUCCGUUGUCGCGGCCAAAGCAGGUUAGAAGGCUUUCCAAGCGACACAUUGCCAACAGUGACACCUCGUCUUGGCCGAUCCGUCAAGCCGCUGAGGCCGAGACGCCCCAGCCGAAUGUCGAGAACAGCCAGGAAGCACCUCCAUUGCCGCAGGCACAAGCGAAGACCCAACCGCUCGGAGCUCCUGCCGAGAGUGCGGAGCGCAACGGCAGCGUCACGAUCAAUGGAGGGGGGGAUGCUGCCAAAGAUCCUGAGUCACCUCAAGCCGCCCGACCUAGGCCACAUCUGAAUCGAAACACGUCGCUUCACACCGACGCGGCUUCUAUCUUCUCGGGGAACAUGGACGAGCCUGGCAUGGCCAGGAACGUGGUCAUUGCCGGGUCUGGGCGUAAAAAGCGAUUUCCGGGUCUCCGAAAGGCGUUUGGCAUGCGCGCAUGA